ACCUGGCGAGGCUGCCUCUACAUAGCUGUGUCCUGUGCACCAUUCAGUAACAGGACAGCCCCUGUGCACAUAGACACACGCAUUUCUGGAAACAGUCUAUCUGGAAAUAAUCGGACACUUUACAGUCAAGACUUUGCACACUUAACAAAGUCACAAAGUCUUUUGCAUAAGAGACAAAGUAAGAGUUAAAUUGGGGGGUCUACAGGGGAUGCUGUAUUGACUCUCAUAAUAGACAGACUUUGUGUUCCUCCUGAUAUUUGCCUCUUAAAAAGGAACCUACCUACUCUGAAGACGAGCAGAGGAAUUAUCAAGAUUCGGAGAUGACACAAACAACUGCUUUGCUGGUCAGUGUUUUGGGGAUCCUGCUCGUGCAGGGUGCUCUGGCAAGACCACCGGAUGAGCAGGAUUAUUACACUCAAGAGAUUGUGUCGAGGGAUCACUACUACUCAUAUCCGGACCCUGAGGAGGUGCAGACCCCCCUGGAGCCAGAAGGAGAAAUGGAAGUACACCCGGAACCUAUAGUGGAAGUGAUUCACGAGAGCCAGGAUACUCGGGAAGACAUCUAUCCAGUGCAGAAGAAAGAAGCCAUCAAAUCUAAGAAGUUGAGUGGAAAAGAGGGAAAAACGCAGAAGCCAGCCAAAAACAGUAGCAAGAAGGCCGAGAAAAACAAGAAAAUGUCUGAAAAAUUUGUCUUUGGAACAGGCGAGGAGAAGAUGACCCAACAAGUCAAAGAGAGUUGUCCUCCUCUCGGAUUGGAGACCUUAAAAGUAACAGACUUCCAGCUUCAUGCUUCUACAGUAAAACGCUAUGGCUUGGGAGCCCACAGAGGCCGCCUUAAUAUCCAGGCGGGGGUGAAUGAGAAUGACCUGUACGACGGCGCUUGGUGCGCUGGAAGAAGUGACCUGCAGCAAUGGCUGGAAGUAGACGCUCGAAGACUCACAAAGUUUACGGGGGUCAUUACACAAGGCAGGAACUCUCUCUGGCUGAGCGACUGGAUCACCUCGUAUCGAGUCAUGGUCAGCAAUGACAGUCACAGCUGGGUCUUUGCAAGAAAUGAAACUGGAGAUCUGCUAUUCCCAGGGAAUAAUGAGAAGGAAAUUCCAGUCUUGAAUGAAUUCCUUGAGCCCCUGGUGGGCCGCUAUAUUCGUAUUAAUCCCCGCUCUUGGUAUGAAGAAGGCAGCGUAUGCAUGAGGAUGGAAAUACUUGGAUGCCCAUUGCCAGACCCCAAUAAUUAUUAUUACAGAAGGAAUGAGCUGACAACUUCAGACAACCUGGAUUUCCGACAUCACAAUUACAAGGAGAUGAGACAGUUGAUGAAAGUGGUGAAUGAGAUGUGUCCCAACAUUACGCGGGUGUAUAAUAUUGGCCGAAGCCAUGAGGGGCUCAAGCUGUACGCGAUGGAGAUGUCUGAUAACCCCGGGGAGCACGAAGUUGGAGAACCAGAAUUCCGAUACAUGGCUGGAGCCCAUGGUAAUGAAGUCUUAGGACGGGAACUUAUUCUCUUGUUGAUGCAGUUCCUGUGUCAGGAGUAUCUGGCAGGCAACAAACGUAUCAAACACCUUAUCACCAAUACACGUCUUCAUUUCCUUCCAUCUAUCAACCCCGAUGGGUAUGAGAAAGCUGCUGAACUGGGUUCUGAACUGGGAGGCUGGUCUUUAGGCCGUUGGACUGCUGAUGGGAUUGACAUAAAUAACAAUUUUCCGGACUUGAAUUCAUUGUUGUGGGAGUCAGAAGAACGUUUUAGGAAUAUGCGCAGAGUCCCUAACCAUCACAUCCCAAUCCCUGACUGGUAUCAGUACCACAAUGCUACAGUUGCUAUGGAGACUCGCGCCCUGAUUACCUGGAUGGAAAAGAUCCCAUUUGUUCUGGGUGGAAACCUUCAAGGCGGAGAACUGGUGGUGUCUUAUCCCUUUGACAUGGUGCGCUCAGCGUGGAAGACCCAAGAAUAUACAGGAACACCAGAUGACCAUGUGUUUCGCUGGCUGGCUUAUUCAUAUGCUUCUACCCAUCGGCAUAUGACAGACUCCAGCCGGAGGCCAUGCCACACUGAGGAUUUUAACAAGGAAGAAGGAACUGUAAAUGGAGGCUCUUGGCAUACAGUGGCUGGAAGUAUUAAUGAUUUUAGCUACUUGCAUACCAACUGCUUUGAGAUCUCCAUAUAUUUGGAUUGUGACAAGUACCCGCAUGAAAGUGAACUGCCAGAACAAUGGGAAAAUAACAGAGAAUCCUUAAUUGUCUUCAUGGAGCAGGUUCAUCGGGGAAUCAAGGGAGUUGUGCGAGAUGUAUUUGGACGUGGUAUAGGAAAUGCAAUUAUAACUGUAGAAGGCAUCAAUCAUGAUAUACGUACAGCAAGUGAUGGAGAUUAUUGGAGACUUCUGAAUCCAGGAGAGUAUGCGGUAACUGCUCGAGCUGAAGGCUUUACACCCUCCACCAAGAACUGCGCUGUAGGAUAUGAGAUGGGAGCCACACGGUGUGACUUCACCCUCGCCAAGUCCAACCUGGCACGGAUCAGGGAGAUCAUGGAGAGGUUUGGAAAGCAACCAGUCAGCAUGUCUCUGCGCCGCAGGAGAGUCCAAGUCAGACAAAGUCGUCAUGCUUAGAAUUUGUCUUGGCUUUGGAUGAAAAACACAAAAAUCAAGUUGGAAACAACAUACAUUGGCCACUUAUUAUUAAAUGGUUUAAUGGACUAAAGUGGUAGAGGAUUUGGUCUCCAGUCGAGCUAAUAGAUAGGAUCUUCUGAGAACCUCUUCUAAGUAUGACACCUUAUGGCAAUCGCUAGCUUCUACAGAUAUGGAAUGCUCCUUCCUUAGAGCUGUAGGAAUCUCUCAAGGACCCUUAGAUCUUGAGUCAUGAUACAGAACUUUACCGUAACGUAUGGCAACUUACAGGUUAAUGGAAUCCUGUGCAUAGAUCUUCAUCUUUAAUAUAUAUUUGUGUUAUAAAACACUUGUAUGACAAGAACUUUCAAUCACUACUUUUUGCUGUUGAGGACCCUAUUUUAUUUUUUUUUACAACUAUUUAUCUUGCAGUUUAUAGCUUCCUGCUUUUACUUUUUAUAUUCACUCCAUGCCCCAAAAACACUGCCAAAAAUAUAUAAGACUAUGGCCACUUAAACCCAAGUCAAAAGCACCUUUAACCAUUGCCAUCCUUAUUUCUAAGUGCUACAAAUUACUGUCCUGCCUUAGAGGUGGUGUAAAAAGGAAAAGUCACAUUUCGUGGGAGAGUGGAAGAUGUGAAAAAAAACCAUGAAAUACCAAUUUUUGACCCAUCUCAUGCCAGCACAAUCCUAGAGUCAUUGUACCCGGACUCAACCACUAUGUUUCUGAUAAUACAAUUUGCUUUCUAUUGGCUUUUAUUUGUUUUAAGUGACUGUUCCUAAUUUACAUGAUAUUCUAUCAGUUUUGUUUCCAUGCUAGAUGAUGGCACACAUGGCAUUAAUCCGCUAGCUGCUGGGAAGACCUUACAUAAUUUCCUGAAAUGCUUGUGCUUCAUAUAAAAAUACACGUCACAGGUCUGAUAUCUUAGAAAUAAAGGCAAUGCAA